AUGACUGAAGAGAAUCCGUAUCCAAAUUAUUUGAUACCAUCAUGGCAUGGAGAACCACCCCAAGGUAUGCAUUUAGAUGUUAUAAAAGAUGACAAUUUGAUACAGAAAAUUAUGGUUGAUGAAAAACAUUUUUAUUACUUUGGCCGAAAUCCAGAACAAGUUGACAUUGUGGUAGAACAUACAUCAUGUUCUCGUGUGCAUGGUGUGUUAAUUUAUCAUCAAGCAUUAAAACGUUUUGCACUUGUUGAUCUAAAAUCAAGUCAUGGAACUUAUUGUGGUAGUGUUAAAUUAGAACCUUUUACACCUAUGUUUCUUAAUGUUAAUGAUUCUUUUCAUUUUGGAGCAUCAACAAGACAUUUUGUUAUUAGAGAAAAACCAAAAGAAACAAUUAUUAAGAUGCCUGAGGAGGGUGAUGAAAAUGCUAUUAAUGCUGCUGAGGAACAAUUAGCCUGCCUAACAGAAUAUAAUACAACAUUAAAUAGAAAAAAACAAAUAAUAAAUAUUAGUGAUGAAGAUUGUAAAAAGAAGAAAAAAAAAAGAGGAAAAGUUAAUUUUUAUGAGGAAGAGAUUAUUUUAAAUAUAGAUGAGUUUGAUGAUAAAAUUGGCAAAUUUAGAAAUAUGGCUGUAUCUUUUGUUGUUUCAAAUAAAAAUAAAGGAAAAAAUAUUAGUGAAAUUAAUAGUGGGAAUGAAAGCAAAAUUAUUGGAAUGAAAAGAAAAAUUGGUACGGGAGAUGUUUUAAAUCUUUCUGACAAAAAAAGUAGGUUAGGUUUUAAAAGUGAGACAUUGGGUAAUAUGUUAUUAAAUGCUGCUCCGGAUUUGGAUGAUCAAACUUAUGGACCAACUAUAGAAGAUAUAGAACCAUUUGAGAAAAAGAAAAAAUAUGCCAAAGAGGCUUGGCCAGGAAAGAAACCAGAAACUGAUUCUGGGUUGUGUUGA